UCCUGUACGGCGUGCUGUAGUCGCCGGGUAGUGGAGGUCGGGCAUGCCCAUGAAACACCCACUGCGAAAAGAUAGGAAAGCGCCAAAAAGAGCUAGAUUAACAUGAAAUUUCAGAUACAUGCGCCGCAGACGACCUCUUAAAUUGCAUUUCUGCCGAGCCGAUAAGUCGCGAGUGGAGAAGAAAGCGCGUAGAAAGCAGGAAGGAGCACCCGCAAACUGUCCGUCCGUUUUGUCCUACAAAGGCGCCGGGAGUUUGACAGCGGCAGGACGCGAGUGCGCAGGCCCGACGGUUAGGUAAACUGCUGCAGGAGGACUACAUGAGACAAUAAAGACUGUCCUUUUCUGUUGAGGAAAUCAAGCUCCAACAUGAGAAAGGACGUGAGGAUACUACUCGUAGGGGAACCCAAAGUGGGGAAGACGUCACUGAUUAUGUCUCUGGUCAGUGAAGAGUUUCCUGAUGAGGUUCCCCUUCGAGCCGAGGAGAUCACCAUCCCAGCUGACGUCACCCCAGAGAGGGUCCCCACACACAUUGUGGACUACUCAGAAGCAGAACAGUCAGAUGAGCAGCUGUAUCAAGAAAUAUCCAAGGCAAAUGUUAUCUGCAUAGUUUACUCAGUCAACAACAAGAAGUCCAUUGAAAAGGUGACAAGCCACUGGAUUCCCCUUAUAAAUGACAGAACGGACAAAGAUAGCAGGGUACCAUUGAUCCUCGUGGGGAACAAGUCGGACCUGGUGGAACACAGCAGCAUGGAAACCAUCCUGCCAAUCAUGAAUCAAUACCAGGAUAUUGAGACCUGUGUAGAGUGCUCUGCCAAAAACCUGAAGAACAUCUCUGAGUUAUUUUAUUAUGCCCAGAAGGCCGUUCUUCACCCGACAGGACCCCUGUACUGUCCAGAGGAGAAGGAGCUGAAGCCUUCUUGCAUUAAGGCUUUAACUAGAAUCUUCAAAGUGUCUGACCUGGACAAUGAUGGCGUCCUUAAUGACAAUGAGCUCAACUUCUUCCAGAGGACGUGUUUCAAUACACCUUUGGCACCCCAGGCCUUAGAGGAUGUAAAGAACGUGGUCAGGAGGAACAUGACAGACGGAGUCAAGGACAACGGACUCACACUCAAAGGCUUCCUGUUCCUGCACACCCUCUUCAUACAGCGGGGUCGACAUGAGACCACCUGGACUGUGCUGAGGAGGUUUGGUUAUGAUGACGACCUGGAGCUCACACAGGAAUACCUGUUCCCCAUGAUAAAGAUCCCCCCAGACUGCACCACAGAGCUUAAUCACAACGCUUACCUCUUCCUUCAGAGUGUGUUUGACAAGCAUGACAAAGACAGAGAUUGCGCACUGUCACCAGAGGAGGUGAAGGACUUGUUCAAAGUGUUUCCCUACAUGCCUUGGGGUCCGGAUGUGAACAACACAGUUUGCACUAACGAUCAGGGAUGGAUCACAUACCAGGGAUACCUCUCGCAGUGGACGUUAACAACAUAUCUAGAUGUACAGCGUAGUUUAGAGUAUUUAGGUUACCUCGGCUACUCCAUCAUCUAUGAACAGGAGUCCCAAGCAGCUGCCAUAACAGUGACACGUAACAAGCGCAUUGAUCUGCAGAAGAAACAGACCCAGCGCAGCGUCUUUCGCUGCAACGUCUUGGGGGCACGGGGCAGCGGGAAGAGCGGCUUCCUCCAAGCUUUCCUGGGAAGAAAUCUCCAGCGACAGAGGCGGAUUAGAGAAGACCACAAGUCCUUCUAUGCCAUCAGUACAACCUAUGUUUAUGGUCAGGAGAAGUACCUGCUGCUCCAUGAGGUGAUGCCAGAUUUUGACUUCCUGUCAGAGGCAGACUUGGCCUGUGAUGUGGUCUGCCUGGUGUAUGACAUCAACAGUCCACGCUCUUUUGAAUACUGCGCCAAAGUGUACAAGCAAUACUUCAUAGACAGCAAGACACCGUGUGUGGUGAUCGCUGCCAAGUCGGACCUGCAUGAAGUACGACAGCACUACAGCCUUUCACCUCACGAGUUCUGUCGUAAGCACAAGCUCCACCCACCUCAGCCGUUCACGUGCAACACGACUGAAGCGCCCAACAAAGACAUCUACACUAGACUCACCACCAUGGCCAUGUACCCCCACGCCCGUCUCCGCUGCAUGUGUGCCUCCAACAGGUGCACCUAUUGCCUGUGUCAGAACCUCCUCAAGUUGGAGCUGCUGCGCAGUAUUAAGGCCCAACUCCGCAGGGUCGUUUUCAACAGGUGUUCACACACAUGUUUUUGGCUGCCCCUCUUUCUCUUCCUCUUGCAUGUGUUCACCCUCUGCUAACCUGCCUGCUGUUUAUGUUGCAUGGCUCACCUGUUCUCCACCUCUCUCUGGGUAACCAGUGGCAUGUCUCAGUCCUCUGCAAAAUAUUGGCAACUACUGGCAGCUGGGAAUGUUUUUUUUUUUUUUCAUCUGUCCAUCUCUACUGUAAGGAAGAGCUUGGUGUUUGGAAUAAGAUGGGGGAGGUUUAUUGAAUGUAAACACUGGGUUUGAAUGGCUGUUUAUGGUUUUGGACGGGGUGGUAGUUUGUCAUAUGUUUGUUGUGUUUUUAAGCCUUGAAAUGGCCUGGACCUGUGGGCGGGUGUUCAUGGACUCAGGCAGAGCAUCCAGCACUAACCCUCUGUUUUGAUGCCUUUUUAAUCUCUGAUGCUAUUAAUAGCAUGAUAUUAACUGGCCAGCCCUGGCAGUGUCGGGGACUGACACACCACAUUGAAUGCCCAUUGUGUGUUUUGAAAAGUGGGUUGGUUGUCUGAGAUUAUGUUAUUUUAAUUCUACUUGUUAUGAAUUUAGGUAACAUUGUUAUCCAGGUCAUCUUGCAUAGUAUGAAAUACUGAAAUUACCUCUCAAGAAAAUUACAAGCAGCAUUAGUACAAAGUCUACAGAGCCACUGUGUUCAAAAAGAUGAGAAGACCCUGGUGACGUAUAUGGGUUUUAACUUAACAAUCAAAAAAUUUACAGCAUGACAGCUGCCAAACUGUCUCUGUAAAAUAUGAACUAGAGAAGGUAGGGGAAAGGACUGUGAAACUGUCAAAGUCAAAGUUGUGCUAUAUUAAAAAAAAAAAAAAUCACACUUGAAGAUGAUGACAAUAACUUAUUUUUAAAUUUAGUUUACCUGGUGACAAAGAGAACCACAGCAUUUCUGGCUGCCAUGUGGUGUGUACAGUUUGUAUUGAAGGGAUGUGUGUGUCUGCAUAGCUUUUCAUUGUUUUAAGUGUGCAGUGACUUUUGACCAGGUAUGGUUGUGCUCAGUGUUGUGUUUGUGCUUCAACGGUUCAGGUGGUGAUUGAAAUUCUGUCUUUUCGGGAUGGUUAGAGCUGGGUGACACUGAUGAAAUGAACAGUAUGACUAUUUUUAAAUUAUGUCAUAAUGUCAUGACCACUAAAUCCCACAUGAUUUUUAGAGUCAGUAUUUGAGUUGAUCGAUUUAGUCAGUCAGCAGAAAAAAUCUGCAAUAAUUCUGAUAACUGAUCAGUCAUUUAAACUAUUUUUUUAAGACAAACAUACUCACAAUUCUCUGGUUUCAGCCUCUCAAAUAUUUACCUUUUCAUAGUUUAUUGUAAUAAUAAACUGAGUAUUUCUGAGGUUUGGACUGUUGGUUAGAAAAAUACAUUUUAAGACACAAGACUCUAAAAACUAUAUGGACAUUUUUGUUUUCAAUAUUUUCUAGACCAAACAAAUAAAUGAUUAACAGUAAAAAAGACAAGAAAAACCCCACCAUGGUAAUUGCUAAUGGAGAAAAUCUUUAGUUGCAGCCCCGGUAAAAAUUAUUUUGAGGUAUCACCCAGCUCUACCUACUGUAUUUGAGAGAAUAUGUAUGAGCACACCCAGGGCCACUAUGUGACUGGGUGUGUGUGUGUGUGUGUGUGUGUGUGUGAGGAAGGCUGCUGGGCUGGGUGGAGGCUGUGGGGGGCUGCCUGCUGUCAGAGGAGGAUUUCAGCCUGACGCAGCAGGUUUCAGCCAUCUCCAACGUGGAGGGGUCCAUCUUUAUGGAGGCCUCUACUGGGCAGCUAAUUCCCUC